AUGGAGGCAAACCCAACAUCCAGCAGCUUACAAAGGGGUCUGGCCCAGGCCACCAUCAUCUGCGACCCGGGCUGCUGCAGUGGCCACACUGGCUCCACUCGGAGCCCCCCUGCGGCUCCCCCUACAGAGGGGGCCCGCCAGGCCCACCUGAUCCGGCCGAGUGACUUUGAACCUCGCUUCCUGCCCCCUCCCUCGUCUCUCGGGCGGCAGGUGCCCGCGAGCUGUGCCACCACCGGGCUCGGGGCUCCGCACGGGCCGCGGCCCCGCCUGGGGAGCCUCCUGGGGUCCUCCCGCAGAAGCGAGCUCCGCUCCCCUCCCCCUCGCCCUCCCACCCGUCGUGCGCCCCGGAAGAGGGGAGCGCGCAUGCGCCCGCCGGCACCGCCUCCCGGCCCGCCCCGGCCGGCGGAGCUUCGAGUCCGCUCCGGUCGGUGCUGGGCUGGGACCCCCGGCGGGGAGCGGAGGACGGGCCGCCGAGCCCGCGGGCCGCGCGGAGACGCACCUGCCGGAGGCGGGAACGGCGGCGGCGGCGGCGGCCCUGACGCGGGGGGCGGGCUGUGGAGGCCGCGGGGCGGGCCGGCCACCUGCCCCGCUGCAGCGGCCCCUGCCGGACACCCAGCCUGGCCGCGCUCGCGAACGGCGGGGGCCACCCCCGCUACUGUCUGUCCGCCAGCGACCGCGGAGCGGAGCAGGGGGCGGUGUCUUGCCGCGUCUUUGCGCGCUUCCCCGAGGUGUCGUGAAUUACUACCUGCUUUCCUCCGGCCGGAUCACACAGCUGCCGGACAGAGCACUUCAAACACUGGAAAACGCAAUCUCCAAAGAUGGUCCCAACAAAGAAUGGCCAAUAAGGAAGAAUCCUCAAUUACAGGCGCCAACAGGGAAAAGAUGUGCAUUGCACCUCUACUCCUGCAACCCAGCCAAUGAGAAGCCUUCAUCACCCUCAACUCUUGCCUUUGUCCAGUGGACUUUCAUUCAAAACAGCCCCUUCCAGGGCACCUGGAUGGCUCAGUCUGUUAAGCCUCCGACUCUUGAUUUCGGCUCAGAUCAUUAUCUCGCAGUUCAUGAGUUUGAGCCCCACAUUGGGCUCUGCACUGACAGUGUGGAGCCUGCUUGGGAUUCACUCUCUCUCCCUCUUUCUGCCCCUCCCCCACUCGUGCACGUGCUCGCUCGCUCUCUCAAAGUAAAUAAAUAAACGUUAAAAAAAAAAAACCCAACCACUUCCAACUUCCUCCUUCUUCUCCAUAAAAUAACAUUUCUUUCCUCUCUUUUGUUGGACGUGCCUGUGGUUUGCUGCAGAUUGCUGUGUCAAAUUGCAAUUCUCCACUUCGAUUCCAGAAUAAACCCAUUUUUGCUGGUUUAAAAUAACUGUUUCGUUUUUAAGGUUAAUGUAUCCAAGAGCCCUGUUCUUUCUUUUCAUGUUUAGAACAUCCAUGUUUUGGGGCGCCUGGGUGACUCAGUCAG